UGGAACUUCUUUAUUACAAAAUGCUGUAAUUUCCGGAAAUAUUCAGAUGGUUAAAAAACUAAUUCAAGAAUACCGCUGCUCCAUAACACACAAAGACAAAUUAGGAAGGCAAGCAAUACAUAAUGCUUCGAUGAUUGGUGAUCUAAAUAUGUUUAAACUUUUAGUUGAGACUGGAUGUAAUGUCAAUGAAAAAGAUGAAUGGGAUGGUUGGACUUCUUUGCAUCACGCUUGUAAAGAAGGUCAUAUAAAUGUUGUAAGCUAUUUGGUGAAUGAAUGUGGUGCGGACGUGGAUCUCAGAGAUAAACAUUCAAGGUGUGCUUUGGAAAUUG